UUUAUGCCGGUCCUUAUGCUACUGCCUGCAGGCUUCAACCUUAGCUCAGAGAGACAGGAUGGAUGGAACAUAUUUACGGAGAAGAGGAGGCCCAUAUAAGACAGAACCAGCCACAGACUUAACCCGCUGGCGUUUGAGUAAUGAAGAAGGUCGGCAGCGGUGGCGAUAUCUAGCAGAUGGCGAGGGUGUGGAGCGGGAGCAGACUGCCCUGGAGGCUCAUUCUCUAGGGCUGGACACAACUAAAGUCUUCCCAAUCUUGCCUACAGCCUGUACUGCAGAAGAGGCAGCGCUAAAUGGGAUGAAAUUUUUUGCAGGCCUACAAGCAGAGGAUGGUCACUGGGCUGAGGAUUAUGGAGGACCUCUCUUUCUGUUGCCAGGACUUCUGAUUGUGUGCCAUGUUGCUAAGAUUCCACUCCCAGAAGAAAGUAGGAAGGAGAUGGUGCGUUACUUGCGUUCAGUGCAACUCCCAGAUGGAGGAUGGGGCCUACACAUUGAGGACUUGUCUAAGGUAUUUUCUACUGCUCUGAACUACACGGCCAUGCGUAUUCUUGGAGUCAGCGCUGAUGAUCCAGAUUUAGUGAAGGCUCGAAAUAACCUCCAUAGCAAAGGUGAAUGACCAGUUGGAGCCUGGAAAUAAAUGUGGCUUUUAUUUUUCAUUUUACCAUCAUUUGAUGCCUUUGGAAAAAAGGACUCUCUGC